AUGUGGGCACAUUCGAUGACUGUUCAAGAUUACCAGGAUCUCAUAGACAGAGGAUGGCGGAGAAGUGGAAAAUAUGUCUACAAGCCUAUCAUGAAUCAGACGUGUUGUCCUCAAUACACAAUAAGGUGCCAGGCUUUGCAUUUUCAGACCUCCAAGUCUCACAAGAAAGUUCUGAAGAAAAUGUUGAAAUUUAUUUCCAAAGGAGAUGUUCCAAAAACAGCAAAUGAAGAAGAGCCUAUGGAUUCCCAUGUAGACGACGUGGUGGCAUGUGAUUUCGCAUACAGAAGUGAAUCUCAUGUCAAUCAGUCUGAGCUGACUCCCCUGAGUGUGGAUCACACAGAGCGAGUGGAGAAUGAAGAUAAGGACAGAGGAGAAAGAGAAGAAGAGGUGAAUGUGCAGAAGGUGGUAUCGGGUUCUCUCCAGAUAUGUGCACGUAGAGACACACCAGUCACUGCAGAACCAUCAUGUUCGGCCAAAAUUGUUCAUGCACCACCUAAGCCAGGAAAAGGAGCUGACCUGAGCAAGCCACCGUGUCGAAAAGCGAAGGACAUACGGAAAGAAAGAAAACUGCAGAAACUCCUUCAGAACCAGAUGUGCACGCUUGAAGGCUCUCAACUUCACCGAGGAGAUCAAGUUUCCCUCUUGCAAAAUUCUAAAUCUAAACCAAACCAGCCUAAAACCAUUGAAGACUUUGUUUUUGUCUCUCUACCUGUUGACGCACGGCACAAACUUGAGGUGAGGUUAGUACCUGUCUCCUUUGAGGACCCCCAGUUCAAAUCAUCCUUCAACCAAUCGGCCACUUUAUUUGCCAAGUAUCAGAUGGCCAUCCACAAGGAUACACCUUCUGACUGUGGUGAAAAUGAGUUCACACGAUUCCUCUGCGAUUCUCCGCUGGAGGCAGAGAAUGCACCGAAUGGGCCCGAAUGUGGCUAUGGGUCCUUCCACCAACAGUACUGGCUGGAUGGGAAGAUAAUUGCUGUUGGUGUAAUCGAUAUUUUGCCCUACUGUGUGUCAUCUGUCUAUCUGUACUAUGAUCCCGACUAUUCUUUCUUAUCUUUGGGAGUCUACUCUGCGUUACG